AUGCUCUUCGCCAUCUCAGAGGAAAGAGAGGAUUUUGCAAUGAUCGCACAGCGUUCCUCCUUGAGUCAAGAACCAACUGGCCUUGUCGGGGGCUACCAAGGGAACAGCACUGCUGUCAGGAUUAUCAUGGGUGCCCUGAUCGCCAUCGUGUUGUAUAAUGCAGUCGAACUCACAGUUCUUAUCUUUAUGACCUUUCGUCGCUACCAGAGUCUCUACUUUUGGUCUUUGACGCUUUCUGCGACUGUUGGGCUUAUAACCAGUGGCAUCGGCAAUCUUCUACACUUCUUCGACAUUGGGCCGUUGAGUCUGGCCCUCGCACUAUCUAACAUCGGAUUCUACUUUCUGGUCCCGGCCCAGUCCUUGGUUCUAUACUCGAGACUACACUUGAUUCUUUUCAAUCAGCGACUUCUACAUUUUCUUCUCCGUGUGGUGAUCUUCAAUGGCAUUAUUUUUGCCGUUCUAGUGACAGUUAUGUCAUUCGGCUCAGCCUUUCUGCAGACUGGCCCUUGGAAUGCGGGUUAUAAGGUUGUGGAGCGGCUGCAAGUGACCUGGUUCUGUUUGCAAGAAUUCACUAUCUCCAUGCUCUACAUUCGGGAGACCAUCAAACUACUCCAAGCCAGGCCUACGAAUCACAAUCGCCGAAGGAAUAUCAUGUACCAGCUGUUGGCUAUUAAUAUCCUUAUCAUCAUCAUGGACACUCUCGUUGUCGUGAUCGAGUUUAUAGGCUUGUAUUAUAUACAAGUCUUGCUAAAGGAUGCCAUUUACAGCAUCAAGCUCAAGCUUGAAUUUGCUGUGCUUGGGAAGUUAACCGCCAUUGUGGAGGCUAACCACCUCGAGCUUAUCCAGAGUGGCCACAAUAAUUGGCCCGAUCUCCAAAAUGACCAACGACGCGCAGCAUCUGAUCCGACACGCUCACAAAUGACGUCAAGUGACGCUAGAUCCCUCUCCGAAGUGCAUACCGCAAAUACAAAUGAUGACCUGGAGGAGUUCGAUCUAACAGUUAACAUGACGUACAGCGGAAGGUCCCUGAGUAAAGCGCAAAGACUUCCAACUACAUUGAUUAGUUCGAGUUAA